GGAACCUUCUAUCUUCUAUACUCUCAGCAUCAUUUCCUACGAAGUUAAGUGCAGUGGUGUUACCCGCGUCCGCCUCACCGCGCAAGGAAUUGAGGAACUUGAAGGGCUCCCUUUGGAGUCCUCCCCCAAAAAUGGUGGCAUGGCCUUAGAGCUGAAGAGGUAUGAUAAUCAAAUGUAUCUGAAUCAUUUGGACGGCCCCUUUAAAAAGGACCUUCCGUUUUGUUGGAAAAUUCGUCAUUUCAAUUGCUUUUUGUACCUAAAUUUAUUUAAGUUUUAUGCACCAGGUCUUCUAAGAUGAUGCGGCGGCGGCUGGAAGUCUCUGCGGAUGAACAGUUUAUAGUUCAAAUCGGCAGGGAAACAGCGAAUUGUACUUGUCUCGUGUUGCUUUUCGCUUGCGGAAAUUAUGAGGAAAAGAGCUGAACUAGCCACUGGCAUCUUACAGUUUGAUCUCAGAAAUCUCGAUCCGUUCGUGGGGCGAUCCUUGAUCUCAAAGGGGAUUGUCAUUGGUCCCAAGGCUUGGUUUUCAAAUAGAAAACAGAAAAUUGUAUUACCCUCAUCUGCUUCCUUGAUCUCUUAAACGGUGAAGCCGUAUAACCAUGGAACCUAGUGCGGAGACCGCCAACUUCCUCUGGUUCUUAAGAGCGGGCGGUAACAAGCUGGCAUCCCGCGGGAGAUUAAUAAAGAUGGCACUGGGCCCUGCUGAAGUCGCUCAUGGACCGUUUCUCAUCGGCGUUAUUCUCAACGUCGCUUUGUAUGGUAUCAUGAUCACGCAGACUUUCUUGUACUUCACAACGUACAAAAAAGAUCGGCUUUGGAUGAAGUUUUUCGUUUCCUUCCUGUUCAUCGCAGACACAGUCAACGCAGUAUUUGACAUUGUAUAUAUCUACGAUUCUCUCGUCGUUCAUUUUGGUGAUGAUACAUACCUCGCAACAGCGAACUGGGUCUUUGGAACAGAUCCAGCAAUGACGGGUAUCAUCGGUUCCAUGGUUCAAGCCUUUUUUGCUUGGCGCGUGUAUAUCAUUUCAAGAAAUUUAUGGACAACCUGUGCUAUUCUUGGUUGUGCUGCAGCAGGGUGUCUCUGCUCGAUUGGCACUUCGAUUGGCAUUGGCAUUGUCCCCCAGUUCAUCGAGUUUCAGAAAUUUCAAGUCGUUGUUAUUAUCUGGCUCGUGUGUGCUGCACUUGGGGAUGUCCUGAUCACCAUCUCACUCGUUUGGCAUUUGAACACUCACAAAACAGGCUUUUCAUCCACAGACGAUGUUAUCAAUCGUAUCGUGAAACUCACCGUACAAACUGGGUUCAUUACCGCCGUAUGGGCUGUAGUUGACCUAGUUAUCUAUCUUACCUUUUCCACUGGACUUCAUCUAAUCUUCAAUGUCACACUAUCAAAGCUUUAUACCAACUCGUUGAUGUCGAGUCUCAACUCUCGAGGCGGAUGGAAAUUCACGCAGUCCAGUGAAAAUAGCACCACCCAUAAAAGUGCACAUAGAGGUGUAAGUGCGGAUGUUGUGCAGCUGGCAUCGACAGCACGUCCGGAGGUAUUUGUCCACGUCGAGUCUCACCAAAUGGUAGACCUGGAAGACCUGGAAGACAGUAAGUCACCCAAUGAUAUCUUCCGCGAAACCGGCCACUCGCAUUGGGACAGUAAGGGUACUGUGGGAAGCGAAGGGAGCAUCGUAUAGUGUUGCUGGAGGUUUUUUCCUGGGCACGCUGGCACGUCGCUAUCCACCCACCGUAGACGCAAUGAAUCAGUUUUUCGCUUAUGGUUUUCUGUGUAUCCACAUGGUCUCGGCUGUACGAUAAAGCUGCAAAAUUCCACAAAAGGAGAUACUGAGGCUUACCGUCUUCGUGAGACACCACAGU